AUGAUCCCAUUCCCGCGAAACGAUGACAUGGUCGACCGCACCGCUAUCGUCGCCGAGCUCGACGCCAUUAUGCAGGCUCCUAAAUCCCGUAGCGCUGCCCUCUGGGGCCUCGGCGGAUCAGGGAAAACGCAGGUAGCGCUCGAAUUCGCCUGGCGCCACAUCGAGGACGGUGUGUGCUCCGUUUUUUGGGUCCACGCGGAUAACCGGGCGACGUUCACACAGGACUAUAAGGCUAUCGCGGACAAGCUAGGUCUCCCAGACGACCUCGACGGUGAAAAGUUACUCACGGCAGUGCGCGACCGUAUCGAGGGCCAGUCGCGAUGGCUGAUUGUUCUCGAUAAUGCCGAUGACCUAGCAGUCUUUGGUGUCGGUCCGGCAAGGGGAUCGGCGGAAGAAUCGCCCAGCCUAUACACUUACUUACCAAAAGGAACAAACGGGACGAUGCUAUGGACGAGUCGCGACGAACGGAUCGUCGGUACCCUCGUCGGUGCACAGUGUGGUAUCCCGGUCGGCCGUAUGAGUAAUGAGGAGGCGAUCUGUCUCCUUGGGAAUCUGAAGAACGGCAAAGGCGAACUAAGCAGUGAAGAGGACAGCGACGCAAGAAAAUUGCUUGAAGAGCUCCAGUGGCUACCACUAGCCAUUUCACAGGCCGGUGCAUUUAUGAGGCGAAGAUCAAUGCCAAUACAGCAAUAUCUAUCUCGACUAUUAGUGGGACAGGAGCGAUGGCGAGUCCUCAAAGCGGAGCAGUUCGACCGGCACCGACGGCCUGAGGUUCCGAACAGUGUUUUAGAGACGUGGAGCAUAUCCGUCGAGCGCAUCCGGGAAGAAGACGAAAUGGCGUAUAGGAUCCUCCAGGUCAUUGCGUACGUCAACAACCAAAACAUCCCGAUCGAGCUUAUGGCGGCAGUGGAUACGCUGGGCAACGAGCGACAGGAGCCUUCGUCAUUUGAGAGCCAAGACCGAUUCAUGGAAUCUAUCACGCGGCUAAGGGAAUUUUCAUUUCUCAGUAUACGUGAAGAGGAAGAAGGGGUCGCGCAGCAGUACGAGAUACAUAAACUUGUGCAAGAGGCUACACGAUACGGACUCAGUGUAAGGACCACGGAACACGCGGCAUACUUCUCGAAUGUAGCGCUCCAAGUUGUGGAAAGGCUCUUUCCUGAUUCGAAGCCUGAGACGUGGCGGGAAUGUGAGAAGUACGUUACCCAUGCGGUGGAAUUGGGCAAGUGGGCAGAGGUUUGCGAGAGGCCCAUAGAGGUAGCAGAUCUUUUGGGCCGGGCUUCGGGCUAUUUCCACGACCGUGGUAGGUGGAUAGAUAAGCAGCCGGUCGAUGAGAGGACGUACGAACUGCGGCAGCAGGUGCUCGGCGAGAAACAUCCCGAUACGAUUCGGAGUCUAGGAUCCCUUGCGGCUACCUACUACGCACAGGGCCGGUAUAGCGAGGCCGAGCGGAUGGUGGUCAAGGCCUUAGCCCUACGGCAGCAGGUACUCGGCGAGAAACAUCCCGAUACGAUUUGGAGUCUAGGAAACCUUGCGGCUACCUACUACGCACAGGGCCGGUAUAGCGAGGCCGAGCCGAUAGAGGUCAAGGCCUUAGCCCUACGGCAGCAGGUACUCGGCGAGAAACAUCCCGAUACGAUCCGGAGUCUAGGAAACCGUGCAACUAUCUACUACGCACAAGGCCGGUAUAGCGAGGCCGAGCCGAUACAGGUCAAGGCCUUAGCCCUACGGCAGCAGGUGCUCGGCGAGAAACAUCCCGAUACGAUUUGGAGUCUAGGAAACCUUGCGGCUACCUACGGCGCACAAGGCCGGUAUAGCGAGGCCGAGCCGAUACAGGUCAAGGCCUUAGCCCUAUGGCAGCAGGUGCUCGGCGAGAAACAUCCCGAUACGAUCCGGAGUCUAGGAUCCCUUGCAACUACCUACUACGCACAGGGCCGGUAUAGCGAGGCCGAGCCGAUGGAGGUCAAGGCCUUAGCCCUACGGCAGCAGGUGCUCGGCGAGAAACAUCCCGAUACGAUCCGGAGUCUAGGAAACCGUGCAGCUGCCUACUACGCACAGGGCCGGUAUAGCGAGGCCGAGCCGAUACAGGUCAAGGCCUUAGCCCUAUGGCAGCAGGUGCUCGGCGAGAAACAUCCCGAUACGAUUUGGAGUCUAGGAAACCUUGCAGCUACCUACUACGCACAAGGCCGGUAUAGCGAGGCCGAGCCGAUGGAGGUCAAGGCCUUAGCCCUACGGCAGCAGGUACUCGGCGAGAAACAUCCCGAUACGAUUUGGAGUCUAGGAAACCUUGCAACUACCUACUACGCACAAGGCCGGUAUAGCGAGGCCGAGCCGAUGGAGGUCAAGGCCUUAGCCCUACGGCAGCAGGUACUCGGCGAGAAACAUCCCGAUACGAUUCGGAGUCUAGGAGACCUUGUGACUACCUACGACGCACAGGGCCGUUAUAGUGAGGCGGAGACGAUGCAGGCCCAGGCCUCGGAGCUACAGAAGCAAGUUCUCCGCGGUAAAGAUCCCGAUGCACUUUAG